AUGGAGCUGAGGAUAAUGAGACUUGGCUUUGGAACUGUGACGCCCCUGAGAACAGUCUCAGGUUUGCCGGGGGAGUUUAGGGGUCAGCGAAAAGAAUUCAGGGCUGGGAUCCGUGAUGCGCAUCUUCGUACCCACCCGGGCUCUGCGGGUUCCCACCCUAAGGACGGAGUCUGGACCGCUCCUCGGGUCUCUCCUCCCCUGUCCCGGGCCUCCCUGCCCACGUCACCUCAGUCGUCUCAGCUCCCGCCUGUCCUUGGGGCCCCCAGACCCGCCCCAGCUCCCACCCGGGGCCCGCUGGGGACGCGCAGCUACGAACCUGUGCGCAGCGCCCCCUGGCGCUCACCGAAUUUCCUGAGGCGGAAGCUGCCGAGGUUCCUGCCGACCCCUAUCCCCACUCCCACCUCCACACCCGUCUCAAAAGGCUCCGGGUGGAAAGGUGUCACGACAGAUUUUGACUGUGCUCUUGAGAAUGACAGCGCGGGAUUUGAAGAGAAACUGCACGGGCUGACACCUGUAGCUGAAGGAAGAUGGCCCUUGGGUCCAGCCCCUGGGCUCCACCCGAAAGAUGCAGGUGUCUCCCAUCAAAAUUCAGUGAAGCACAUGAAGGAAAGUUUUGCAGAGGAUUUCAUUCUCAUGGGCUUUACCAAAUAUCCAUGGUUGGAUGUUCCUCUCUUCUUUGCCCUCCUAACCUGCUACAUGUUCACACUAUUGGGAAACAUUGCUAUUAUUCUGGUUUCCCAACUAGAUUCCCAACUCCAAAGUCCUAUGUAUUUCUUCCUCACAAGCCUCUCCUUUCUGGACCUCUGUUUCACCACCACGACUGUACCCCAAAUGUUGUUCAACUUAGGUGGACCCAACAAGAACAUCACUUACAUUGGCUGCAUGACCCAGGCCUAUGUAUUUCACUGGCUAGGCUGUACUGAAUGUGUCCUGCUUGGCACCAUGGCCUUAGACCGCUAUGUGGCUGUGUGUAAGCCUCUGAGAUACCCUGUAAUCAUGAACCACAAGCUCUGCCGACAGCUCUCCAGCACUGCUUGGCUCAUUGGUCUGGCCAAUUCACUACUGCAGUCCACACUCACAGUCCAGCUGCCCCUGUGUGGGAACCAAGAACUGGACCACUUCUUUUGUGAACUGCCUGGUCUAAUUAAGAUGGCUUGUGUGGACACCACAGUCAACGAGCUUACUUUAGCGGUGGUGGCCACCUUCCUGAUAAUGGGUCCCUUCUCUAUGAUUCUUGUCUCUUACAGUUAUAUUGCACAAGCUGUAUUUCUAAUCCCUUCUGCUGAUGGGAGACUUAAGGCCUUCAACACUUGUUCUUCGCACUUAUUAGUGGUGUCUUUAUUUUAUGGCCCUGGCAUCUACAUCUAUAUGCAGCCUUCAGGGGACAGCCCGCAAGACCUUAUCAAAGUUCUGACACUGUUUUACUGUGUUAUUACUCCCAUGGCCAACCCAUUCAUCUACACCUUGAGGAACAAGGAUGUUAAAGGAGCUUUGAGGAGACUUCUGAGGAGGGCCAUUUUGUCCAAGAGAAUAUGA